AUGACCUUGUCACCUUUUUUUGGAUUUGAUUAUACGAUACUUCCAUUGGUAUUGUCUGUUUGCAUUGGAUUUGUUACAAUUUUAAUUGCAUAUUUAGUUUUUAAGAAAGCUUCUGUUCGUCGUAAUGUAUUUCUUAUAGUUGGUCUUUCAGAUUCUGGGAAAACACAAAUAUUUUCAAAAUUAAUUAGUGUUGACAAGAAAAUUCAAUCAUACACAUCUAUACAGGAGAAUAUAUUUGAUGGAAAAAUACCUUCUUCUUCAAAAGAAAUUUCAUUGGUUGAUUUUCCAGGAACAUUACGUCUUCGUUCUCGUUUAUUUGCUAGAUGGCUAACAUCUGAUCUAAAUACUAUCAGGGGAAUUAUUUUUGUUGUUGAUUCAUCAACUUUUACAAAACAGGCUCGAGAUAUUGCAGAGUUACUUUAUGAUAUUCUAGUUAAAACAAAAUCGUCGGUAGAUAUCUUUGUUGCCUGUAACAAACAGGAUAUUUUACUUUCUAAGAAUAAAAGUGUUAUUGAAAAAACAUUAGAAAAAGAUCUUGGCUUAAUUAAUAAAUCAAGAGCAGCAUCUUUAGAUAUGACUGAUGGUACAAAAAAAAGUGAAUUGUUAACAGAGACAGGAGAAAAUUUUAAAUGGGAAGAUUUACCAAGGUUAAAAAUUAAUUUUAAUGAAACAAUUGCCAAUAUAGAUGACAAUUCAGAUAAAAAAAUUGAUGUAACUUUAUUAAUUCAAUGGAUAAAUGAUCUAUAUUAA